AUGGAAAAGACGAAAUACAUCCCAAUUCCAGAGCCCAGAGGCCUGCCUCUGUUGGGAAACAUCCUGGAUGUUGAUUCUGAGGCACCGGAGAAAAGCUUUCAGCUCCUGGCGGAAACCUAUGGUCCGAUCUUUCGGCUGCACCUCGCUGGAGCAUCAAGAGUGUUCAUAAGUACCCACGAGCUCGUUGAUGAAGUUUGUGACGAGGAACGAUUCACAAAGGUUGUGACCGCUGGAUUGAGGGAAAUUCGAAACGGCGUUCAAGAUGGUCUUUUUACGGCGGAUUAUCCUGGGGAAGAUAACUGGGCGAUCGCACAUCGCGUCCUGGUUCCAGCUUUUGGGCCGUUGAUGAUUCGAGCCAUGUACGAAGACAUGUACGAUAUUGCAAGCCAGCUUGCUCUGAAGUGGGCACGACAGGGGUCAGCUGCUACUAUAAUGGCCAAUGAAGACUUCACUCGUUUGACGCUGGACACUAUCGCGCUCUGUUCCAUGGGGACUAGGUUCAAUUCUUUCUAUAGUGAAGAUUUGCAUCCUUUUAUCAAGGCAGUGGCUACGUUGCUGCAAGGAUCUUCCGAUAGGACUUUCCGUCCGACACUUCUUAACAGCCUACCUACGAGGGAAAAUAAAAAAUACUGGAGUGAUAUCAGUCUUCUACGAACUUUGUCUCAGGAGUUGGUUGAUGCACGGAGAAAUAAUCCAGAAGACAAGAAGGACCUGCUUAAUGCCCUCAUCCUUGGCCAAGAUCUUCAGACUGGUCAGCAUCUCAGUGACGACUCAAUUAUCAACAAUAUGAUAACAUUCCUUGUCGCGGGUCACGAGACAACAUCUGCCACAUUGACAUUCCUUUUCUAUUAUCUGCUGAAAAACCUGCAUGCAUACCAGAGGGCACAAGAAGAGGUCGACACAGUAGUCGGUCAACGGAAGAUUACAGCAGAGGAUUUGUCAAAAUUGCCUUACAUUGCAGCCUCACUGAGAGAGACACUGCGACUGCAGGCUCCAGUUCCUUUAAUCGCUUUUCAUCCCCACCCCGCUAAGAACCAUGAGGAUCCAGUAACUCUAGGGAAGGGCAAGUAUGCUUUAAACAAGGAUGAGCCAGUGGUUCUUAUCAUGGGAAAGGUACAUCGGGAUGCGAAAGUCUAUGGUGACGAUGCCGAGGAGUUCAAGCCAGAGCGAAUGCUGGAUAAAAACUUUGAAAAUCUGCCUAAGAACGCGUGGAAGCCAUUUGGAAACGGUAUGAGAGGAUGCAUCGGUCGGCCAUUUGCCUGGCAAGAGAUGUUGCUUGUGGUGGCCGUGUUGCUGCAGAGUUUCAAUUUUGAGAUGGAGAAUCUCAGCUACAAUCUUCGAAUCAAGCAGUCAUUAUCAAUUAAGCCAGAAGGCUUCUAUAUGAAGGCAACGCUUCGAAGAGGUCUAGAUGCGGCCCAGUUAGCGAGCUUCUUGAACGGCGGUGGCGAAAUUUCGUCCAAUGCUCUUCCGACACUCAAUGGCGAGAAGAAAUCCAAUACAGACGUGCGAUCUCAUGUGAAACCUAUGCAUAUAUUCUUUGGUAGCAAUACUGGUACCUGUGAGGCUCUGGCUCAGAGGCUAGCUAAGGACUCUAUGGGAUACGGUUUUGCGGCCAAGAUUGAAAAUCUGAACUCAGCCAUGGAGAAAAUUCCUAGAGACAGCCCUGUCGUCUUCAUUACCGCAUCGUACGAGGGACAGCCUCCGGAUAAUGCCGCCCAUUUCUUCAAAUGGCUGAAGGGACUAAGGGAAGCCGAGUUGGACGGAGUAAACUACGCUGUGUUCGGAUGUGGUCAUCAUGACUGGUCAGCCACGUUUCUUCGCAUCCCUAAAGCUAUCAAUGGUCUUAUCGAGAAACACGGUGGAAUCCACUUAUGUGACAUGGGUGUGGCUGAUGCCGCCAACUCAGACAUGUUCUCUGACUUCGAUACCUGGAGCGAGUCCAUCCUCUGGCCGGCAACCAGUUUGAAGUUUGGCCGUGAACCACCAAAGGGAGAUGUACAAGCCAAGUCUGCCUUACAGGUCGACGUAACUUCAAGUGUGCGAGCUUCCACGCUGGGCCUUCAGCUGCAGGAGGGAUACGUGCUCGAAAACACGCUGCUCACAACGCCCGACGUUCCAGCCAAGAGGACGCUGCGAUUCAAACUACCACCUGACACGACCUAUCAAUGUGGAGAUUAUCUCAUCGUAUUACCCGUAAACCCAGCUCAUGUUGUUCGCCGCGCGAUCCGCCGGUUUAACAUAUCAUGGGACUCUAUGCUUACCGUCUGGAAGCCAUCGCAUGCUCCAGAUGGGAUCACGAACAUGCCUCUAGAGACGCCCAUCUCCGCCUUCGAGCUCUUUUCCACGUACGUGGAGCUGUCCCAGCCAGCAUCCAAGCGAGACCUGACCACCCUCGCAGAGGCAACUACCACAGAUACAGACACCCAAGCAGAACUGCACCUUCUCGCCUCCAGUCCUAAUCGCUUCACUGAAGAAGUCAUCAACAGCCGGCUAAGCCCCCUCGACAUCCUCACACGCUACCCCUCCAUCAAUCUACCACUGAGCACUUUUCUCGCCAUGCUACCCCCCAUGCGAGUCCGCCAAUACUCGAUCUCAUCAUCCCCACUAGCCAACCCAGCAGAAUGCUCCAUCACCUUCUCAGUGUUAAACUCACCCCACCUAUCAACAAAGAACAGGCAAUUCGUAGGUGUCGCAUCAACCUACCUCUCCUCACUCCAACCAGGAGACCGCGCCCAGAUCUCCAUCCGCGCCUCAAACAACAGAGGCUUCAAACCCCCGUUGAAAGAGGAAACACCGUUGAUAAUGGCAUGUGCAGGAAGCGGUCUAGCCCCCUUCCGCGGUUUCAUCAUGGAUCGCGCGGAAAGGAUCCGUAGUGAACUCUCUUCCGACGCUGACCAUUCUGACACAGGAAAACCAGCGAGAGCUAUAUUAUACAUCGGCUGUCGCACAAAGGGCAAGGACGAUAUCCACGCGAGUGAGCUAGACGAAUGGAGUCGGCAGGGGGCUGUGGAUAUCCGACGGGCGUAUAGUCGCCCGAGUGAUGGGUCACCGGGGCGUCAUGUCCAGGAUCUGAUGUUUGAGGACCGUGGCGAGCUACUUAAGUUAAUUGACCAGGGAGCACGGAUCUACGUGUGUGGCGGGAUGAAUGUUGGUCAAGGCAUUCGCCAGAGAUUCAAAGAUAUGUUCAUGGAGAGAUGGCUGGAGAAUGGGCCCGAUGGGGAUAAGGAGGCGGCUGCCGAGGAAUACUUGGAUGGGUUGAAGACCGAGGAGAGGUAUGCGACGGAUGUGUUUACGUAG